UCAUGAUUAUGAUUUCGAAAAUGGAGAAAGAAACAGGAAAUAUGGAAGAAAGUCUGCAUCAGAAGCUGUGUUUAUAGAUUUGUUUACUAUAUUUGUGAGAAUGAGUGGUGUUUUAGCUAGUCCAGGAGCAAUGUUUACGUCCACUAUGAACAUUCUUAAAAAAAGUGUGACAACAGAACCAGAUGUUAUUAUUCAAGCUGGAAACAUACUUGAAUAUCCCAGACCUGUGUGUGCUGUGUCUAUUGUAGAGAUGCAAUUUGUGGAUAAAAGUAUGAGUUAUUGUCGUCAUGGACAUAAAAGAUUUACGAAAACCAGACAGAAAGAGCCUGAACCAUCAUCAUCAACAUCAUCAUCAUCAUCGGGUGAUAGUGAACAAUCAGAUUAUGAUGUUCAUGAGGAACCACAUAUUUUCAAAAGAAUUCCCCCAAAACUAUUAGCACAGCAUGGUGGACAACUUUUAGUUUUUUCCCAGCUAUAUACUGGUCAACAUUUCACCAAGGAUAAGACGAGAAAAUUAAUUCCUGGAAUUAUUGUUAUGGGAACCCAGGUGACAUUUACAUUACUUGAAUACAGUGUUAACCAUAUGAAAGAUUUAUUCCUAAAUAAUGUCAAUGAUAAAGAAAGAAGCUACAUAUAUUACACAGAGCCAAUGGAUUACCUCAAGCAGGAGGAUCGUAAUUUGUUAUUGGAAUCAAUUGUGAGGUUAAGUAAUGUCAAGUCUACGAUCAGUAAACCUUGAUGUACUAAGGAUCAAGAUAUUAUGAUGUAAUAUUGAGAAACAUUGCCCAAAAAUACAUAAACAUUAGAUUGAGGAAGAUGGAUCUAAUAUACAAUAGCGUAACCUUGAGGAACAAAGAACCAAGAUAUCAUGACGUAAUAUUGAGAAACAUUGCCCAAAAAUACAUUGACAUUAGAUUAAGGAAGAUGGAUCUAAUAUACAAUAGCGUAACCUUGAGGAACAAAGAACUAAGAUAUCAUGAUGUAGUAUAGAGAAACAUUGCCAAAAAAAAGAUAAACAUAAGAUUGAGGAACAUAGAUCUCCAAUAUACAAUA